GGCACGCGCGGCAGCCCCGCACAGCGGCGGAGGCGGCGGCGAUGUCUCAGCCCGGCAGGAAAAGCGUGACCCGGGCACCGAGUGACCAGAUUCUAAUCAAAGGAGGAAAAAUUGUCAACGAUGAUCAGUCAUUCUAUGCAGACGUUUAUGUGGAGGAUGGAUUAAUAAAGCAGAUCGGAGAGAACCUGCUGGUUCCGGGGGGCACCAGGAGCAUCGACGCCCACGGGCAGCUGGUGAUGCCGGGCGGCAUCGACGCGCACACGCGGCUGCAGGGGCUCGCCCCGGGCGUGAGCCCGGCCGACGGCUUCGCCCAGGGCACCCGGGCAGCGCUGGCAGGAGGCACCACCAUGAUCAUUGACCACGUGUGUCCGGACGCGGGGAGCAGCCUGCUGGCCGCCUACGAGCAGUGGCGCGGCCGCACCGACGGCCAGGCCUGCUGCGACUACGGCCUGAGCGUGGACAUCCCCCGCUGGCACGAGGGCCUGGCCGAGGAGCUGGAGGCCCUGGUCAAGGACAGGGGUGUGAACUCCUUCCUGGUGUUCAUGGCUUACAAGGACAAGCUGCAGUGCACUGACAGCCAGAUGUACGAGAUCUUCUGCACCAUCCGGGACCUGGGGGCCAUCGCCCAAGUGCACGCGGAGAACGGAGACAUCAUCGAGGAGGAGCAGAAGAGGCUGCUGGAGCUGGGGAUUACGGGGCCAGAGGGGCACGUCCUGAGCCGCCCUGAGGAGGUGGAGGCAGAGGCCGUGUUCCGUGCCAUCACCAUCGCCAGGCAGGCCAACUGUCCCCUCUAUGUCACCAAGGUCAUGAGCAGGGGUGCUGCAGAUGUCCUGGCUCAGGCCAAGAGGAAAGGCACCGUGGUGUACGGGGAGCCCAUCACCGCCAGCCUGGGCACCGACGGCUCGCACUACUGGAGCAAGAACUGGGCCAAAGCCGCCGCCUUCGUCACGUCCCCGCCCGUCAGCCCCGACCCCAGCACGCCCCAUCACCUCAGCACGCUGCUGGCCAGCGGGGACCUGCAGGUCACAGCCAGUGCCCACUGCACCUUCAGCACCGCUCAGAAGGCCGUGGGCAAGGACAAUUUCACCCUCAUCCCCGAGGGCACCAACGGCAUCGAGGAGCGGAUGUGCAUAGUCUGGGAGAAGUGUGUGGUCCCUGGGAAAAUGGAUGAGAAUGAUUUCGUGGCGGUGACCAGCACCAACGCUGCCAAGAUCUUCAACUGCUACCCCAGGAAGGGACGUGUGGCUGUGGGCUCCGACGCAGACCUGGUGCUCUGGAACCCCAAGGCUACGAAAAUCAUCUCAGCAAAAACCCACAAUUCGAACGUGGAGUACAACAUAUUUGAAGGCACCGAGUGCCACGGGGCCCCAACCGUGGUCAUAAGCCAGGGCAGAGUUGUCCUUGAGGACGGAAAUCUGAGUGUCACCCAGGGCUCAGGCCGCUUCAUCCCGAGGAAGACAUUCCCUGACUUUGUCUAUAAAAGGAUAAAGGCCAGAAACAGGCUGGCCGAGGUGCACGGCGUGCCCCGCGGGAUGUACGACGGGCCUGUGCACGAGGUGCCAGCGAGUGUCAAGGCCGUGGCUCCCGGCGUGGCGUCGCGCCCCGCGCCCUGCGCCGGCAAAGCCGCGGCGCCGCCCGUGCGCAACCUGCACCAGUCCGGCUUCAGCCUGUCCGGGUCACAGGCCGACGACCACAUCGCCCGGCGCACGGCACAGAAGAUCAUGGCCCCGCCAGGAGGGAGGUCCAACAUCACCUCACUGUCCUGAUGCUGUCCUGGCGCUGUCCUGGCGCUGUCCUGGCGCUGUCCUGGCGCUGUCCUGGCAUUGUCCCUCCCCAGGGCCGGCCAGGCAGGGGCCGUGUGCCGCCCUCCGCGCGGAGCCCAGCGAGGCAGCGCCCUUCCCUCGUAGGUAGAGUAGAGUGAUGCUGAGGUAGCGUCCCUGGGGUUCUCUGUUCCUUCAGUAGCUGCUAGCAAAGCCCUGUGCAUGCACUCCUGGGGCUGUGGGACAGCGUGUGGAUGAAGGCUCAUCCAGGCUGGAUCACGCUCUUCUCAGCAGCCCCCACUGCCCCUCCCAGCACAGCACUGCAGGGUGGGCACUGCCAUGGUCCCAGCCCUGCUCAGCCACGGCUCCCAGCCCUGCUCAGCCACGGCCCCCAGCCCUGCUCAGCCCUGCCGUGCUCCCAGAGCCUCCCCCAGACCUGUCCUCGAGGGCACAGCCCAGGGCAGGGCUCACAGCCCAGGGCAGGGGCAGCUCCUGGGCCAGUGUCCUUCUGUCAGCCUCGUUUUUUAAAGAUUAUUUAUACAUUUUUUCAGGAGCUGAGUGUGAGUCCAGUACCCAAUAGCAGGGCUCGUUCGGAGGCCAGGUGCAUGCCACACACUUUUUUAUAAAUUAUUUUAGCCCAGGUAUUGUAUUGAAAGGUGUGUGCAGAGUGAACCUCUGGCUGUGGAGCCAGCAGGCACCUCCAGGAACACUCUCCGUUCCUGUCUGCUCCUUGCUUGGAAUAAACUUGGUUGGAAACCACGGAA